AUGGGUCGUCCACGAAUUAGUAUCGGCGCUGUGGCGCUAUCGGCCGUCACGGGCAUGACGGUGGCUGCCGUGUCUAUGAUGGCAUACGUUCGCUUCCAGCGCCCACAGGAAUUCGCAGACGCCAGCAUCCGCAUGACGCACCCGGAGCUGUCGAAUGAUUUUAAUCGCAAGUGGGGCCUCUUUGGCACAGGCCUCAUUGACUCGGUGCCGCAGAGUUUAAAGAACUUGUUUGACGCGCCGGACAUGGCCGCGCGCUACGAGCAACAUAAGAAGAAACGGGAGCAGCAGAUUCGCCAGACGCUGGAAGAUUUGCGUCCCAAGGGCAAGUAA